GGAAGACAGACGACACAGAGACAUAGCUAACUAGCUAGCUAUGUUAUAGAGCUUUUAUAAGUGAACGUCGUGAUUUAAAUAGUUUUGUUCGAUAUGAAAAUGUUUAAUUGAGAGUUUUUCGAGAAUGCAUACUUGUUGAAACACUUCAACAUGGACAAGUAGAAGAAAAAGUGAGAAAAUGUAGCUAGCUAAGCUAACUCUGGGCAGCUUAUUAAUAACUAACGUUAAACUCAACUGGACUUUUACAAGAACAAAUGUUCCAGCUUUUUUGGGAAAGUUACCAACUUGCUUUAUCAUGUCACAUUGAUUAUAUCUAAGUAAACAAACGAAAGUACUCGCAAGUAACUUGAGGCUUAUUCAAGAUUUAACUUAGUAUUUUUGUUUUUGCCAAGUUUGUGAACUGGAAGAGUUGCACUGUGGCAAUCAACAUAAUGUCAACAGCAGCAUCAUCAGCAACCAACUCAACCCAACAGCAGCAACAGCGGGUCAAGCGAAGAGGUGACAGCGGGGGCUCCCCAACCAUCUCUCCAGCCGGCUGCAGCAACGGCAGCACCACCACGAUCCGGUUGCAGCCUAUUCGUGCCACGGUGCCAUACCAGCUCUUGCGUGGAAGUCAGCACAGCCCAACCCGCUCCUGCUCAUCUUCCUUCACAGUCGCGAGCAAUACAGAACCGACAUCGACAUCCCCUUGCAACAGCCCCUCCAGCCCGACGCAGCUGCUGCUCGCGAACCCGGGUGGAAACGGCUCGGUGGAGGGCAGGCUGGUCGCAAGGCAGAGACGCUCGCCGCUGGACAGCAAAAGCUCACCUGAGCGGUGUCCGAUCUCGCCUGUUUUCAAAGUAGAGAGGUCCAAGCCCCAGCAGCAGGUGCGUAACUUGGGAGCCAUUCGGCGGACUUCAUCCCUGGGUACCAUCACCGGCCCCUACCUUACCGGCCAGUGGCCUCGUGACCACCACGUGCACUACCCCUCAUGCAUGAAAGAUAAAUCCACUCAGACACCUGGAUGUUGGAGUGAAGAAGCAGGAGAGAGGAGGAGCACACACCAGCGCUCGGCGUCUUGGGGCAGCGCCGACCAGCUCAAAGAGAUAGCCAAGCUCCGGCAGCAGCUGCGUGGCGGUAGUAAGCAGCAGCAGGGAGGUCGUCAGUCUCAGUGUCAAAGAGACAAAGACAGCCUGUCUCCUUUACAGGGACCUAACAACACCAUCAACACCACCGCCAACCAAGCACAGUGGUCCUGCAUGUCUAAGUCAUCUCAGAUGUCCAACAUGACGGUGCCCAAGCCCUCCAUCACCAGAGUGCCCAGCAGCAUGGAGGGAAUCAACCACGAGCUGGAGAAGGUCUUCAUCAGAGACAACAACGGAGAGAAGGAAGAGCUCAAGGUGUUGGAGGUACCAGAUGGGCGGCGAGCCCCCUUUCCCCCCCAGCAGCGUAGCAGCAGUACCCGCAGUGUGGACACACAGACUCCCUCUGCCCCCGGCCGCUCCAGCAGUAGUUCCAGCCUGUCCCCCUGUCCCUCUCCUGCCUGUCCCCCGGGGUCCGGCUCACAUGGGGGCAGCCCUUACUCCACUGACGAUCUGCUCUACGACAGGGAUAAAGACAGUGGCAGUAGCUCUCCGCUGCCUAAGUUUGCCUCGUCUCCUAAACCCAACAACAGCUACAUGUUCAAGAGAGAACCUCCAGAGGGCUGUGAGAAGAUCAAGGUGUUUGAGGAAGUGAGCUCCAGGCAGUCAGCGUCCGUCCCUCUCUUCUCCUGCCCAGACAAGAACAAGGUCAACUUCAUCUCCACCGGCUCCGCCUUCUGCCCCGUCAGACUGACCCCCGGUGCCCUGCACCUCUCUGUGACCUCUCACCCCGAUGAUGACGCCGAGGCCGGCCCCAGCUCAAUGAUGUCAGCAUUCUGCCGUGUCCUCCCCUCUCAGGUCCACACCUCCACCAGCACAGACGACGCUCCCACCCCCGAGGAAGCUGCCCCUGCAACGCCCAACUCUCCCCAGCAGGGGGAGACACCAGAGACUGCCCUUCAGGCAGACAGCCUGGCCAUCAGCUAGACCUGGGCAGAGCUGGCCUCUGUCACAUGGUUCUGUUUCUUAUUGUUAUUAAUCAUUUGAUUAUUACGCCCCCACCACCACCAUCAUCAUCAUCAUCAUCAUCACUGAAGUCUGGUCUCCUUUCUCUAAAUGACCUCCCCCUCCUCUUCUCUCUGUCUCUGCUGAACUCUACACACUCUGCAUGGCGUAGUGCUAGCAACAAUGUACCUGACGACGACAACAACAACAAACAACUGAGAAAACAAAGACAAGUGUCCCACAUGUUUCUAGCCUAUUCCUAAAGCACUGUUCCUGUCAGAGAUAGACAUGAUGUUCUUUAACAGCACGUAAUAAGUAGAGAUAUUGGACGCUGGCAUGGGAUGGAUGGGAAGAAAAUGUGACACUUUGGAUAAGGGGCAUGCGUUUUAAACUGGCAGUGUGUUUAAGAUUAAAGACAUGCUCCGGUACUUUGCCAACUAAAAAAGUAUAUUUUAAACCUUCCGCUUUGGGCUAGAUGUGUCAAUGUGUAGAUCAUACAUGCAUAAUCUAUGAUCAGAAUUACUGUCUUACCUCAAUUAGCCACGAAAUUCCUAGUUUGAAAGCCACUAUUUUCUUGAAGAUGUGCUGUGCCAUUUUCUUCUACAUUUCCCCCUACAUAGGCCAGCCAGCCCCCUAGCAAUUCGAGUUCUAGCCAAUGAGCUUCAGCCCCUGGCAUUUGAACGACAGCUAGCGUUAUCCAAUGAGGUUGCAGGGUGGACCUAAUGGCUCAGCGAGAGAGAGAGCAAUCGCAUAUGUGAAGUAGAACACAGUUUUCAGGGACUACUUUUGGCUCGUGUGUGCUACUUUCAGAACUACUGGCUGAAAAUGAUACAAAAGUACCGGAGAAUCUCUUUAACUUAUGUGUUAUUGUGUUCUGUUGUGACAUUCUCCACAGUAUGAAUAAGCUCUAUACAACAUAUUACACAUUAUAUAUCUUAUGAAAAGAAAGAAACAAUGCUUGUUUAAAUAGAAAACUGUGUAUUGCUGUGUUAUGUUAUGUACAGUAACAGAGAAAGGAAAAAAAAAUAUUCAGGAUUUAUGUUUACACAAUCCAGGUUAUGUU